AUGAGUGUUGUGAGAAGAGCAGCUGGAUCCAGGUACGGUAGUGAAGCGAAAUUUGGUACAAAAUGAUGUACAGUAUGAUAUGGGUUACUGUGGAAAUGCGCUCCAAUGAGAAUUUAUCAGUAGAGCGCAUUUGCACACAGGUUUCUGGGGGGUUUUCGAAAAUUUACCACGCGCUCCAGCGAAAUAAACACGCAACGCAGACCGCGUCGCGCCACAACACACACAAAAUUUUUUGGGAAUGAUUUUCUGAUGAAAAUUUGAAUUUUUUGGGUGCUGGAGCGAAAAAAUAGCUCCAAGUCUUGAAAACUUCGAAUUUUCUGUGAUUUUUUGGGUCCUGACACGAUUUUCUAGUGAAAAUUAGCAUUUUUAGGUAAACCGGAGCUCCAGCAACCUGGAUAAUAUUAUUUUUCAUCAAAUUUUGAGCUCUAGAAUGAUUUUCUAAUGAAAAUUUGAAUUUUCGGGGUCCUGGAGCGGAAAAAUAGCUCCAAGUCUUGAAAAAUUCGAAUUUUCGGUGAUUUUUUGAGCUCUAGAAUGAUUUUCUAAUGAAAAUUUGAAUUUUCUGGGUAUUGGAGCGAAAAAAUAGCUAUAAGUCUUGAAAAAUUCGAAUUUUCGGUGAUUUUUUGAGCUCUAGAAUGAUUUUCUUGUGAAAUUAGCAUUUUUAAGGAGGUUUUCGAAAAUUUACCUAUAUGAAAAGUAUAUCAUUUUGAACUCCUCGAAUUUUUCUAAACGACUUUUCUAAAAACGUUCGCAUUAGAGCGCACUUGUUCCAGAAUCUCUCGAAAAACGCGUGACAAAAAGCCGAAAAAAGACACAUUUGACGAGGACGAGGAGAACACACCGCCACUUCAACUCGCAACUUCGCCGGCCGGAAGUUUGGAGAAGGUGCAGAAGAAGGACGAGAAGGAUCAUGGGCCGAAAUUCGAUGCGGCAAGUUGUGCGGUUGUGAAAAAGUAUGAGGAAACGAUAAGGGGAAUGAGUGAGUUGGGCGCUUUCGCGCUCCACCGAAAUAAACACGCAACGCAGACCGCGUUGCGCCACAACACACAAAUAAGGGAACGAUUCAAGUUCCCUCCCUUUUUGUGUGUUUUGUGGCGCGGCGCGGUCUGCGUUGCGUGUUUAUUUCGGUGGAGCGCGUGCUACCGAUGAGAUUUUCGAUAAUGUGCAACAAUAAAUUGCUCAUUCUAACUUCAAAAACCAUCUAAUCACAUAUUUUUGCAGUGUCCAAAGGUCUUUGCAACUACUACAAUCAACAUCUGCAAUCCUAUAAACCAGCCGGUGUAACCACUGUUGCGUCAGACGCAAACGCGAAGAAAAAUCGUGCCAACAUUUCGUGCUACGAUCAAUCACGUGUGAAACUAGCGUUGGAAGGAGAUCGCAAAAAUGACUAUAUCAAUGCGAGUCACGUUAAAUUCCCCGAUGUUUCACGUAAAUAUAUCUUGACACAAUUCCCACCGCAGGAAUGUUUUGAGGAUUUUUGGUCGAUGAUUUAUGAGAAUGAUGUGGAGACGAUUUUGUCGAUUUUUGAUCCGAAUGGGGAUGUUGUAAGCAGAAAAUGCGCUCUAAUGAUAAUUAGAGCACAGCCGCACGCGACUGAAGUUUGUCAGUCGCGUGCGGCUGUGCAACGCGGUCGCAAAACAAUCAAUAAUUCAUUUUUCCGACCGCGCCGCACGUUUGUCAGUCGCGUGCGGCUGUGCGAUGCGGUCGCAAAACAAUCAAUAAUCCUUUCUUUUCCGACCGCGCCGCACAGCCGCACGCGACUGGAGUUUGUCAGUCGCGUGCGGCUGUGCGACGCGGUCGGAAAACAAUCCUUUCUUUUCCGACCGCGACGCACAGCCGCACGCGACUGACGAAGUUCAGUUGUUUUUUCAAUUUCAACAAUAAAAAUCUCUUUCAAUUUCCAGGAUCUCAAAGAAUUCCACAAAAAAACGCCAACAACAACACCGCGAGCCGAAAAAAGCGAAAAAUCGCAACAGCCGAGCGUCUCAACAAAUUCGGAUAAAUGCCAAAAACCCGAAGGUCUAUCGGUUCGCGAGACGCUUUUCGAAAUGAGCAAAGGGCACAAGGAUAUUGCGUCGACUGCGAAACGCCGUGCACUUGCCACCUCCAAAUGCUUCUUUUUGUUGAAGGUUUGUGUGGCGAAAAGAGAAAAUGCGCUCUAUUGGACGGUGUGCGCGAGUUGUGUGUAAGCGCGGAGUGUCGUUGUUUUCUUUUUUUUUGAAUUUUUUUUUUGCGAAAAAACGAGAUUUUCCGGGUUUUGGGGGUAAAUUGAGUGUUUUUAAGGGAAUUUCUUGAAUUUUCCAAGGUUCGGGGUAAAUAUCAUCGCUACAAGACCUAGAAAAUCGAUAUUUUUCGAAAUUUUCGCCCGGAAACCACAUUUUUCAGGCAAAUUUGCCGUUUUUUGAUCCAAAAACAUGCGAAAAAUGCGCCAGCCUUGUUCACACUGACGCAAAUUCUUCAUCUUCCAGGAAGGUCAAUUCGUCACCAUUGGCAAAUUCUUUGUUCACACUCGAAAAGUGGAAAUACCGGACAAAAAGUCAAAAACCGCACAUUUACACGAUCGAAGUUUUGCCCGAAGGUUGUUCGGAGUGUCGUUUCGUGCGCGUCGUCAACUAUCCAAAAUGGCGUGCUCGCGGAAGACCAAGCUGCAAAGUUGUGAUGAAUAUGCUCAAAACCAUCUCAUUGGACCCGCUUCAAAAAGGUCCGGUUGUUUUGCAGUGUGAUGAUGGAGUUAAUCGAAGUUCGCUGCUUUUGUUGACUGAUGUUAUUACGAAUUUGGUGAUUGAGGGAAAAUCGUUUGAUAUUGAUAAAAAGUUUCGCGAAAUUCGACAACAAAGAUGUGGAGCAUUUCCCAAUGGAUUGUCGUUUACAUAUUCGAUUUUAUCGAUUACUAGCUAUAUUUAUGUACGUUUUUUUGGUGAUUUUUUGAGCUCUAGAAUGAUUUUCUGAUGAAAAUUUGAAUUUUCUGGGUCCUGGAGCUCCAGGAACCUGAAAAAUAUUAUUUUUCAUCAAAUUUUGAGCUCAAGAAUGAUUUUCUAAUGAAAAUUUGAAUUUUCUGGGUCCUGGAGCGAAAAAAUAGCUAUAAGUCUUGAAAAAUUUGACUUUUCGGUGAUUUUUGAGCUCUAGAAUGAUUUUUUUGAUGAAAAUUUGAAUUUUCUGGGUCCUGGAGCGAAAAAAUAGCUAUAAGUCUUGAAAAAUCCGAAUUUUCAGUGAUUUUUUGAGCUCUAGAAUGAUUUUCUAAUGAAAAUUUGAAUUUUCUGGGUCCUGGAGCUCCAGCUACCUGGAAAAUAUUAUUUUUCAUCAAAUUUUGAGCUCUAGAAUGAUUUUCUAAUGAAAAUUUGAAUUUUCUGGGUCCUGAAGCGAAAAAAUAGCUAUAAGUCUUGAAAAAUUCGAAUUUUUGGUGAUUUUUUGAGCUCUAGAAUGAUUUUCUAAUGAAAAUUUCGGAUUUUCUGGCUCCUGGAGCGAAAAAAUAGCUAUAAGUCUUGAAAAAUUCGAAUUUUUGGUGAUUUUCAGGCUCCUGGAGCUGAAAAUCAACUCGAAAAACAUUUUUUUUUGAAAUUUCGGCUCCAGAAACAUUUUUGGAGCAAAAAAAUUGUCCAAAACCCCGAAAAAACCUUCAAAAUUUUCCAGCUUCGCUGCAAAAAUCGCGGAACCAUCAACCCGGAAACGGUUCCCGCGAUGAAAACACUAUUCGGCGAAGUGCGACGUUCGAUCGCAAGAGAUUAUCGAAAAAGAGCCGAGCAUGGCAGCGAUGGAGCCAACUUUUUAACAACAAAAAACCGACGCAAGACGACGAUGAUGAUACGUCGCCGCAACGUGUUCCCGCGUCCGGAAAAGAUCGAACCAACAAGCGGUCGAGUGCGGACGCAAAAUGUGCCGAUCAGGCGUUUUGUGCGAAUUUGAAGAAGUUUGAGAAGACGAUUCGGGGAAUGAGUGAGUUUUUUGGAAAUUCGCUGAGGUACAGUAAGCCUAGGAUUACUGUAGAAAAAUUGUCAGUGGAGCGCAUUUGAAGCCCUUGAAAUUCGCUACAAAAUGAGGUACAGUAAGCCUAGGAUUACUGUAGAAAAAUUUCGCAUUGGAGCGUAUUUGAAGCUCCUGAAAUUCGCUACAAAAUGAGGUACAGUAAGCCUAGGAUUACUGUAGAAAAAGUUCGCAUUGGAGCGCAUUUGAAGCCCUUGAAAUUCGCUACAAAAUGAAGGUACAGUAAGCCUAGGAUUACUGUAGAAAAAUUUCGCAUUGGAGCGUAUUUGAAGCUCCUGAAAUUCGCUACAAAAUGAGGUACAGUAAGCCUAGGAUUACUGUAGAAAAAGUUCGCAUUGGAGCGUAUUUGAAGCUCCUGAAAUUCGCUACAAAAUGAGGUACAGUAAGCCUAGGAUUACUGUAGAAAAAGUUCGCAUUGGAGCGUAUUUGAAGCUCCUGAAAUUCGCUACAAAAUGAGGUACAGUAAGCCUAGGAUUACUGUAGAAAAAUUUCGCAUUGGAGCGUAUUUGAAGCUCUUGGAAUUCGCUACAAAAUGAGAUACAAUAUGCCUAGGGUUACUGUAGAAAAAUUUCGCAUUGGAGCGUAUUUGAAGCUCCUGAAAUUCGCUACAAAAUGAGGUACGGUAAGCCUAGGAUUACUGUAGAAAAAGUUCGCAUUGGAGCGUAUUUGAAGCUCCUGAAAUUCGCUACAAAAUGAGGUACGGUAAGCCUAGGAUUACUGUAGAAAAAUUUCGCAUUGGAGCGUAUUUGAAGCUCUUGGAAUUCGCUACAAAAUGAGAUACAAUAUGCCUAGGGUUACUGUAGAAAAAGUUCGCAUUGGAGCGCAUUUGAAGCUCUUGGAAUUCGCUACAAAAUGAGAUACAAUAUGCCUAGGGUUACUGUAGAAAAAUUUCGCAUUGGAGCGUAUUUGAAGCUCCUGAAAUUCGCUACAAAAUGAGGUACAGUAAGCCUAGGAUUACUGUAGAAAAAGUUCGCAUUGGAGCGCAUUUGAAGCUCUUGAAAUUCGCUGAGGUACAGUAAGCCUAGGGUUACUGUAGAAAAAUUGUCAAUGGAGCGUAUUUGAAGAUCUUGAAAUUCGCUACAAAAUGAGAUACAGUAAGCCUAGAAAAAUUUCGCAUUGGAGUGUAUUUGAAGCUCUUGAAAUUCGCUACAAAAUGAGGUACAGUAAGCCUAGGAUUACUGUAGCAAAAUUGUCAAUGGAGCGCAUUUGAAGCUCUUGGAAUUCGCUACAAAAUGAGAUACAGUAAGCCUAGAAAAAUUUCGCAUUGGAGUGUAUUUGAAGCUCUUGAAAUUCGCUACAAAAUGAGAUACAAUAUGCCUAGGGUUACUGUAGAAAAAGUUCGCAUUGGAGCGCAUUUGAAGCUCUUGGAAUUCGCUACAAAAUGAGAUACAAUAUGCCUAGGGUUACUGUAGAAAAAUUUCGCAUUGGAGCGUAUUUGAAGCUCCUGAAAUUCGCUACAAAAUGAGGUACAGUAAGCCUAGGAUUACUGUAGAAAAAGUUCGCAUUGGAGCGCAUUUGAAGCUCUUGAAAUUCGCUGAGGUACAGUAAGCCUAGGGUUACUGUAGAAAAAUUGUCAAUGGAGCGCAUUUGAAGCCCUUGAAAUUCGCUACAAAAUGAGAUACAGUAAGCCUAGAAAAAUUUCGCAUUGGAGUGUAUUUGAAGCUCUUGAAAUUCGCUACAAAAUGAGGUACAGUAAGCCUAGGAUUACUGUAGCAAAAUUGUCAAUGGAGCGCAUUUGAAGCUCUUGGAAUUCGCUACAAAAUGAGAUACAGUAAGCCUAGAAAAAUUUCGCAUUGGAGUGUAUUUGAAGCUCUUGAAAUUCGCUACAAAAUGAGGUACAGUAAGCCUAGGAUUACUGUAGCAAAAUUGUCAAUGGAGCGCAUUUGAAGCUCUUGGAAUUCGCUACAAAAUGAGAUACAGUAAGCCUAGGGUUACUGUGAAAAUGCGCUCCAAGGAUAAAAUUUCUUGUAAUUUUUCAAAAUAAAAAAUUCAAAAUUAUCAAUAGAGCGCACAUUCUCCCAAUUUUCCAGUGGCAAAUCGUGGACUAACUCGCUACUACGAAGAAAAUCUGCAAUCCUACCAUCCGGCCGGUCAAACAACAAUAGCCUCUGACGCAAACGCGAAAAAAAAUCGUGCCAACAUUUCGUGCUACGAUCAAUCACGUGUGAAAUUGGCGUUGGAAGGAGAUCGAAAAAAUGAUUAUAUCAAUGCGAGUCACGUUAAAUUCCCAGAUGUUUCACGUAAAUAUAUCUUGACACAAUAUCCGCUUCCGGACGCGUUGGAAGAUUUUUGGUCGAUGGUGUUUGAGAAUGAUGUUGAGACGAUUUUGUCGAUUUUUGAUCCACAUGGAGAUGUUGUAAGUUGGAAUUCGCUUCAAAAUAAGCCUGAGGUUACUGUAGAAAAAUUGUCAUUGGAGCGCAUUUGAAGCCCUUGAAAUUCGCUUCAAAAUGAGGUACAGUAAGCCCAGGGUUACUGUAGAAUUUUAGGGUGAAAUUGCGCGCCAAGGAUAAUUUAUCAGUGGAGCGUAUUUGCACAAAAUCACCAAAUUUUCCUCUGAUAAAAGUUAUGCCAUUGUGAAGCCCUUGAAAUUGGCUACAACACCAACUACAGUAAUCCUGGAUUACUGUAGCAGGAAUUUUCAUUAGAGCGCAUUUUCUCUAGUCAAAAUUAUACCAUUUCGUUGCUCUUUAAAUUGGCUACAAAACCAACUACAGUAAUCCUGGAUUACUGUAGCGGAAAUUUGCAUUAGAGCGCAUUUUCUCUAGACCAUAUUUGGCUAAUUUUGUAGCCCUUGAAAUUCGCUUCAAAAUGAGAUACAGUAAUCCUGGGUUACUGUAGUGGAAAUUUGUAUUAGAGCGCAUUUUCUCUAGUCAAAAUUUCCUUUAAAACCAGCUACAGUAAGCCUGGGUUACUGUAGUGAAAUUUGCGCAUUUUCUCUAGCCAAAAUUUCCUUCAAAACCAGCUACAGUAAUCCUGGAUUAAUCCUGGAUUACUGUAGUGAAAUUUGCGCAUUUUCUCUAGUCAAAAUUUCCUACAAAACCAACUACAGUAAUCCGGGGUUAUAUAGUUAUCAUUAGAGCGCAUUUUCUCCUCCAAACAACCCCAAAUGAAGGAUUUUUCCAGGAUAUGGCCGAAUUCCAAGAGAUUCGUAAAUCGAUGAUGAAAGAUCAGCGAUCAAAAAUGGCCCCCGAACCCACCACCGAAAUGGAAGCCUCGUGCCACGUGGACGAUGCGGAAACCGCCGCUCCGGAAGCGCUAACGCAACGCGAAACCCACUUCAAUAUGACGAAAACGCAUCGCGACAUUGCGGCCACAUCGAAACGUUGUGCAAUCACCAACGCUACCUGCUAUUUUCCGCUCAAAGAGGGACAAUUUGUGACGAUUGGCAAAUAUUUUGUGCACACCCGAAAAAUUGAGCCGGCCGACAAACCGAAUCGCCCCACAAUCUAUACGGUUGAAGUUUUGCCCGAAGGUUGUUCCGAAUGUCGAUUUGUGCGGGUUAUUAAUUUUGAGAAGUGGAGAGCCAAGGGAAAACCGAAUGUUAAAGGUGGGAAGCUACGAUACUCCGCAAUUACACAACGCUAAAAUUGUGCGGGAAAAUUGGAAAUUUCAAAUUUUCACAAAAUUCAAGAUAUUUUCAUAUUUUUGAACUGAAUUUCCAGAAAAACUGUGCCAGGCUUGCAUUUUUAAGCUCCGCCCAUUUAAAUUUAGGCUUCAUUCCUGAAUUUGUAAAAAAAACUACGAUACUCCGCAAUUACGCAACGCUAUCUAAAAUUGUGCGCGAAAAUUUGAAAUUUUCAGCAUUUUCAGAUGUUUCCAAAUGUUUUGAAGAAAUUGUAACAAACAGAAUUUCUGAAAUUUUUAAUAUCAAAAUUUUGAAACGUAUUUUUUUGUGGGAAAAUGAGAAUUUUGAAAAAAUUUUGAAUUUUUGGCUGAAAAAACAAAUUGAGGGACUAGAAUUUCAAUUUUGCAAAACCUAGUCCCCCGGCGUUUUCAGAGAGUAAAAUUCAAAAACACGAUUUUCCCGCAAAAAAUCGGAGGACUAGAAUUCCAAACCUAGUCCGCCCUCAAAACAUGUCUGAAAUUUUCCAGCCGCCUUAGCUAUGCUGAAAUCUGUUGGCCUGGACCCGCUUCAAAAAGGACCAAUUGUAUUUCACUGUGAUAAUGGGCUCAAUCGUAGUGCUCUUUUGCUUUUGACUGACGUCAUCACAAAUUUGGUUCUGGAUGGAAAACCGUUUGAUAUUGAUGAGAAAUUUCGACAAAUUCGCCAACAAAGAUGUGGAGCAUUUCAAAAUUCCUUCUAUUUUGUUCAUGCGAUCUACUCGAUUACCACUUAUAUUUGUGUGAGUUUUUUGGGGUUCUUGACACGAUUUUUGAGAUAAAAAAAUUGAAAAAUUUGGAUUUUUCAUGAAAAUUUGGGUUAUGACAGGAUUUUUCGCGCUUUUUUGCUUCUAGACCUGAAAAUUUCGAAUUUUGGGUUCUGACACGAUUUUUAAGAAAAAAAAAAUUGAAAAAUUUUGAUUUUUCAUGAAAAUUUGGGUUCUGACAUGAUUUUUGAGAUCAAAAAUUGAAAAAUUUGGAUUUUUUAUGAAAAUUUGAGUUCUGACAUGAUUUUUUGAGAUCAAAAAUUGAAAAAUUUUGAUUUUUCAUGAAAAUUUGGGUUAUGACACGAUUUUUGAGAUAAAAAAAUUAGAAAAUUUCGAUUUUUCAUGAAAAUUUGGGUCCUGACACGAUUUUUGAUAUCAAAAAUUGAAAAAUUUCGAUUUUUCAUGAAAAUUUGGGUUCUAACUCGAUUUUUCGCGCUUUUUUUGGUUCUGGACCUGAAAAUUUCGAUUUUUUAUGAAAAUUAGGGUUCUGACACGAUUUUUUGAGAUAAAAAAUUGAAAAAUUUGGAUUUUUCAUGAAAAUUUGGGUUAUGACACGAUUUUUGAGAUAAAAAAAUUGAAAAAUUUGGAUUUUUCAUGAAAAUUUGGGUUAUGACACGAUUUUUGAGAUAAAAAAUUGAAAAAUUUCGAUUUUUUAUGAAAAUUUGGGUUAUGACAGGAUUUUUGAGUUCAAAAAUUGAAAAAUUUGGAUUUUUCAUGAAAAUUUGGGUUAUGACACGAUUUUUGAGAUCAAAAAUUGAAAAAUAUCAAUUUUUCAUGAAAAUUUGGGUUUUGACAGGAUUUUUCGCGCUUUUUUUGGUUCUGGACCUGAAAAUUUCGAAUUUUGGGUCCUGACACGAUUUUCUGCCUCAAAAAUUGAAAAAUUUCCAUUUUCCAUGAAAUUCUGGGUUCUGACAUGAUUUUUGAGAUCAAAAAAUCGAAAUUCAGAUUUUUCAUGAAAAUUUGAAACCUGACAUGAUUUUUGAGAUAAAAAAUUGAAAAAUUUGGAUUUUUCAUGAAAAUUUGGGUUGUGACAUGAAAAUUUGGGUCCUGACUCAAUUUUUCGCGCUUUUUUUGGUUCUGGACCUGAAAAUUUCGAUUUUUUAUGAAAAUUAGGGUUCUGACACGAUUUUUGAGAUAAAAAAUUGAAAAAUUUGGAUUUUUCAUGAAAAUUAGGGUUCUGACACGAUUUUUGAGAUAAAAAAUUGAAAAAUUUGGAUUUUUCAUGAAAAUUAGGGUUCUGACAUGAUUUUUGAGAUAAAAAAUUGAAAAAUUUGGAUUUUUUCAUGAAAAUUAGGGUUCUGACAUGAUUUUUGAGAUCAAAAAUUGAAAAAUUUGGAUUUUUCAUGAAAAUUAGGGUUCUGACACGAUUUUUGAGAUAAAAAAUUGAAAAAUUUCGAUUUUUCAUGAAAAUUUGGGUUAUGACAGGAUUUUUGAGUUCAAAAAUUGAAAAAUUUGGAUUUUUCAUGAAAAUUUGGGUUAUGACACGAUUUUUGAGAUCAAAAAUUGAAAAAUAUCAAUUUUUCAUGAAAAUUUGGGUUUUGACAGGAUUUUUCGCGCUUUUUUUGGUUCUGGACCUGAAAAUUUCGAAUUUUGGGUCCUGACACGAUUUUCUGCCUCAAAAAUCGAUUUUUUUGAAGCUUUUCUGCUUCUGGACCUGAAAAAAUUCGAUUUUUCAUGAAAAUUUGGGUUCUGACAUGAUUUUUGAGAUAAAAAAAUUGAAAAAUUUGGAUUUUUCAUGAAAAUUUGGGUUCUGACAUAAUUUUUGAGAUAAAAAAAUUGAAAAAUUUGGAUUUUUCAUGAAAAUUUGGGUUCUGACAUAAUUUUUUGAGAUAAAAAAAUUGAAAAAUUUGGAUUUUUCAUGAAAAUUUGGGUUCUGACAUAAUUUUUGAGAUAAAAAAUUGAAAAAUUUGGAUUUUUCAUGAAAAUUAGGGUUCUGACAUGAUUUUUGAGAUCAAAAAUUGAAAAAUUUGGAUUUUUCAUGAAAAUUAGGGUUCUGACACGAUUUUUGAGAUAAAAAAUUGAAAAAUUUCGAUUUUUCAUGAAAAUUUGGGUUAUGACAGGAUUUUUGAGUUCAAAAAUUGAAAAAUUUGGAUUUUUCAUGAAAAUUUGGGUUAUGACACGAUUUUUGAGAUCAAAAAUUGAAAAAUAUCAAUUUUUCAUGAAAAUUUGGGUUUUGACAGGAUUUUUCGCGCUUUUUUUGGUUCUGGACCUGAAAAUUUCGAAUUUUGGGUCCUGACACGAUUUUCUGCCUCAAAAAUCGAUUUUUUUGAAGCUUUUUCUGCUUCUGGACCUGAAAAAUUCGAUUUUUCAUGAAAAUUUGGGUUCUGACAUGAUUUUUGAGAUAAAAAAAUUGAAAAAUUUUGAUUUUUCAUGAAAAUUUGGGUUCUGACAUAAUUUUUGAGAUAAAAAAUUGAAAAAUUUGGAUUUUUCAUGAAAAUUUGGGUUCUGACAUAAUUUUUGAGAUAAAAAAUUGAAAAAUUUGGAUUUUUCAUGAAAAUUUGGGUUCUGACAUAAUUUUUGAGAUAAAAAAUUGAAAAAUUUGGAUUUUUCAUGAAAAUUUGGGUUCUGACAUAAUUUUUGAGAUAAAAAAAUUGAAAAAUUUGGAUUUUUCAUGAAAAUUUGGGUUCUGACAUAAUUUUUGAGAUAAAAAAAUUGAAAAAUUUGGAUUUUUCAUGAAAAUUUGGGUUCUGACAUAAUUUUUGAGAUAAAAAAAUUGAAAAAUUUGGAUUUUUCAUGAAAAUUUGGGUUCUGACAUAAUUUUUGAGAUAAAAAAAUUGAAAAAUUUGGAUUUUUCAUGAAAAUUUGGGUUCUGACAUAAUUUUUGAGAUAAAAAAAUUGAAAAAUUUGGAUUUUUCAUGAAAAUUUGGGCCCUGACUCAUUUUUUGAGAUGAAAAAUUGAAAAAUUUCAAUUUUUCAUGAAAAUUUGGGUUCUGACAUGAUUUUUGAGAUUAAAAAAUUGAAAAAUUUGAAUUUUUCAGGAAAAUUUGGGUUCUGACAUAAUUUUUGAGAUAAAAAAAUUGAAAAAUUUGGAUUUUUCAUGAAAAUUUGGGUUCUGACAUAAUUUUUGAGAUAAAAAAAUUGAAAAAUUUGGAUUUUUCAUGAAAAUUUGGGUUCUGACAUAAUUUUUGAGAUAAAAAAAUUGAAAAAUUUGGAUUUUUCAUGAAAAUUUGGGUUCUGACAUAAUUUUUGAGAUAAAAAAAUUGAAAAAUUUGGAUUUUUCAUGAAAAUUUGGGCCCUGACUCAAUUUUUGAGAUGAAAAAUUGAAAAAUUUCAAUUUUUCAUGAAAAUUUGGGUUCUGACAUGAUUUUUGAGAUUAAAAAAUUGAAAAAUUUGAAUUUUUCAGGAAAAUUUGGGUUCUGACAUAAUUUUUGAGAUAAAAAAAUUGAAAAAUUUGGAUUUUUCAUGAAAAUUUGGGUUCUGACAUAAUUUUUGAGAUAAAAAAAUUGAAAAAUUUGGAUUUUUCAUGAAAAUUUGGGUUCUGACAUAAUUUUUGAGAUAAAAAAAUUGAAAAAUUUGGAUUUUUCAUGAAAAUUUGGGUUCUGACAUAAUUUUUGAGAUAAAAAAAUUGAAAAAUUUGGAUUUUUCAUGAAAAUUUGGGUUCUGACAUAAUUUUUGAGAUAAAAAAUUGAAAAAUUUGGAUUUUUCAUGAAAAUUUGGGCCCUGACUCAAUUUUUGAGAUGAAAAAUUGAAAAAUUUCAAUUUUUCAUGAAAAUUUGGGUUCUGACAUGAUUUUUGAGAUUAAAAAAUUGAAAAAUUUGAAUUUUUCAGGAAAAUUUGGGUUCUGACAUAAUUUUUGAGAUAAAAAAAUUGAAAAAUUUGGAUUUUUCAUGAAAAUUUGGGUUCUGACAUAAUUUUUGAGAUAAAAAAAUUGAAAAAUUUGGAUUUUUCAUGAAAAUUUGGGUUCUGACAUAAUUUUUGAGAUAAAAAAAUUGAAAAAUUUGGAUUUUUCAUGAAAAUUUGGGUUCUGACAUAAUUUUUGAGAUAAAAAAAUUGAAAAAUUUGGAUUUUUCAUGAAAAUUUGGGCCCUGACUCAAUUUUUGAGAUGAAAAAUUGAAAAAUUUCAAUUUUUCAUGAAAAUUUGGGUUCUGACAUGAUUUUUGAGAUUAAAAAAUUGAAAAAUUUGAAUUUUUCAGGAAAAUUUGGGUUCUGACAUAAUUUUUGAGAUAAAAAAAUUGAAAAAAUUUGGAUUUUUCAUGAAAAUUUGGGUUCUGACAUGAUUUUUGAGAUCAAAAAUUGAAAAUUUUCGAUUUUUCAUGAAAAUUUGGGCCCUGACUCAAUUUUUGAGAUGAAAAAUUGAAAAAUUUCAAUUUUUCAUGAAAAUUUGGGUUCUGACAUGAUUUUUGAGAUUAAAAAAUUGAAAAAUUUGAAUUUUUCAGGAAAAUUUGGGUUCUGACAUAAUUUUUGAGAUAAAAAAAUUGAAAAAUUUGGAUUUCUCAUGAAAAUUUGGGUUCUGACAUAAUUUUUGAGAUAAAAAAAUUGAAAAAUUUGGAUUUUUCAUGAAAAUUUGGGUUCUGACAUAAUUUUUGAGAUAAAAAAAAUUGAAAAAUUUGGAUUUUUCAUGAAAAUUUGGGUUCUGACAUAAUUUUUGAGAUAAAAAAAUUGAAAAAUUUGGAUUUUUCAUGAAAAUUUGGGUUCUGACAUAAUUUUUGAGAUAAAAAAAUUGAAAAAUUUGGAUUUUUCAUGAAAAUUUGGGUUCUGACAUAAUUUUUGAGAUAAAAAAAUUGAAAAAUUUGGAUUUUUCAUGAAAAUUUGGGUUCUGACAUAAUUUUUGAGAUAAAAAAAUUGAAAAAUUUGGAUUUUUCAUGAAAAUUUGGGUUCUGACAUAAUUUUUGAGAUAAAAAAAUUGAAAAAUUUGGAUUUUUCAUGAAAAUUUGGGUUCUGACAUAAUUUUUGAGAUAAAAAAAUUGAAAAAUUUGGAUUUUUCAUGAAAAUUUGGGUUCUGACAUAAUUUUUUGAGAUAAAAAAAUUGAAAAAUUUGGAUUUUUCAUGAAAAUUUGGGUUCUGACAUAAUUUUUGAGAUAAAAAAAUUGAAAAAUUUGGAUUUUUCAUGAAAAUUUGGGUUCUGACAUAAUUUUUGAGAUAAAAAAAUUGAAAAAUUUGGAUUUUUCAUGAAAAUUUGGGUUCUGACAUAAUUUUUGAGAUAAAAAAAAUUGAAAAAUUUGGAUUUUUCAUGAAAAUUUGGGUUCUGACAUAAUUUUUUGAGAUAAAAAAAAAAUUGAAAAAUUUGGAUUUUUCAUGAAAAUUUGGGUUCUGACAUGAUUUUUGAGAUCAAAAAUUGAAAAUUUUCGAUUUUUCAUGAAAAUUUGGGCCCUGACUCAAUUUUUGAGAUGAAAAAUUGAAAAAUUUCAAUUUUUCAUGAAAAUUUGGGUUCUGACAUGAUUUUUGAGAUUAAAAAAUUGAAAAAUUUGAAUUUUUUCAGGAAAAUUUGGGUUCUGACAUAAUUUUUGAGAUAAAAAAAUUGAAAAAUUUGGAUUUUUCAUGAAAAUUUGGGUUCUGACAUGAUUUUUGAGAUCAAAAAUUGAAAAUUUUCGAUUUUUCAUGAAAAUUUGGGCCCUGACUCAAUUUUUGAGAUAAAAAAUUGAAAAAUUUGGAUUUUUCAUGAAAAUUUGGGUUCUGACAUGAUUUUUUGAGAUAAAAAAUUGAAAAUUUUGAAUUUUUCAUGAAAAUUUGGGUUCUCACUCGAUUUUCUGCCUCAAAAAUCGAUUUUUUUGGUUCCGAACCUGAAAAUUUCGAAUUUUGGGUCCUGAAACGAUUUUCUGCCUCAAAAAUCGAUUUUUUUUGAAGCUUUUCUGCUUCUGGACAUGAAAAUUUCGAUUUUUAAUGAAAAUUAGGGUUCUGACAUGAUUUUUGAGAUCAAAAAAUCGAUUUUUUUGGUUCCGAACCUAAAAAUUUCGAUUUUUUUCAGCUCCGCUGCAAAAAUCGUGGAAAUGCCAGCCUGGAAAUUGUGGCAAUGAUGAAACAAUUGCUCAAAGAUUUAGGGAAACAAUGCCCCGAAAAAGAACUUGUAUAG